AUGGCGCAGACCCUGUACAGCCCUCGGGUCGAGGCACACUGGAACGAGGACAUCUACCUGGAGGAGGAGCGCCUGAAGGACUUCAUAAGGAAGCGGGAUGAGGGAGAACUUCUCAUACAGAGAAGCAGAAGACUGAAAAAGACCCUUCUGAGACCGACUCGCACGCUUCCGUGUCCGAAGGACGGGUACGUCCACUACAGCGACAAGGUGAUGCUCGUGAACCCCGACUACCCCGAGAAGGAAGCCGACGUGUUCCUGGGGGACCUGGCCCUGAGCAUGACUCCAGAUGAGAUCCACGCCCACCUGUGCGGGACGAGCUGCAGGUGCCUGCGGGCUGAGCGCCGCUCAGACCCGGUCCCGGUCAGCAGAAACACGUUCACCAUUCUCAGCAUGGACGGCAACAACACUCGCCGAGUGCUCAGGUACGGGCAGGACUUUUGCCUCGGGAUAACGGCAGGAUCCGAAAACAAAAUGCUGUACCUGUCCAGCGACCACAGGACCUUCCUGAAGUCGGCGCAGAGGUCCUGGCUGCAGGAGGUGUACCUGACGGACGAGGUCUCCUACAGGAGCUGCUGGCAGGCCGCCUUGCCCGACCCGCAGCUGCGCCUGGAGAGCGAGGGCUGCCCCGUCCCGGCCAACGCCCGGGUCAUCAUCACUCACAGCCACACCAACCGCAGGCUGGCCGCGCACCGCCACCUCUUCCUCAGAACCUACUUUGGGAAGGAGGCAGAGGUGGCAGCCCACACGCACCUGGACCCCCACCGCGUGGAGAAGCCGAGGAACCACUGGAUGCUGGUCACCGGGAACCCCAGGGGCGACUCGCCCACCAUGCUGGACCUGCACAGACCGCUGGCCGGGGACACCCGGGCCGUGGAGCCAUGCACGAGCCUGAACACGCAGUGA